UUGAAAACUUAGCCGGCUUACAGUCGAUUAAGCCGCCGCCGACAUAUUUAGUGGCAGUCGCCGCCGACGUUCAAAUUAGUCGCCAUUUUUGCUAACUGCAAGUUGCAUUAAAAUAAGCUGAAGCUCUUUCAAACGUAAAAAACAAGAAAAACUUAAACAAUGACAGGUCGUGGUAAAGGUGGCAAAGGUUUGGGUAAAGGUGGUGCCAAGCGUCAUCGUAAGGUACUUCGUGAUAACAUCCAGGGUAUUACCAAGCCGGCCAUACGUCGUCUAGCCCGUCGUGGUGGUGUAAAGCGUAUUUCGGGUUUAAUCUAUGAAGAAACUCGUGGCGUAUUAAAAGUCUUUUUGGAAAACGUCAUUCGUGAUGCUGUUACAUACACCGAACAUGCUAAACGUAAAACUGUUACCGCCAUGGAUGUGGUCUAUGCUUUGAAGCGUCAAGGUCGUACUUUGUACGGUUUUGGUGGUUAAACAAUUAAAUACCUUAACACACAAUUUUAUUAGUCGCAUUAGACAAUUUGGUGACAAGUAUUAUAAAAACUUAAAAAUGUUAACCUUAAAUAUGUAUUCCAAUAACCAGACACAAUUUGUAAAUGUAGAAAAAACUGUAGUUUCCAUUUUUCAAUUCUUAAUGUAAUUUUCCAGAAAAAUUUCACAACAUUCUUAAAAAUAUCUAUUUGACUUGAUAA